CAAAUCAUCCAUUCAGUCCGUGGAGCUUAAGGUUGCAGGUCACCACAAUGGCAGACAAUAAUUCUACAAGCAUGUCAGCUGCUGCGCAGCAAUACCAAGCCAACCUAAAAUAUCAGUCACAGAACCCUCCGGGCACAUCAGAAACACCGGCCCUCGCAAAUUCACCAGAGGAUGCCCCAGACGCAGUUAUGAAGGAUCUGCCCGCUGAAACCGUCCAGAGUCCUGCUCCGCAGCCACAAUCGACAGGCUCAACACCAGUCCCUCAAUCUCAACCUCGCACAUCAACGCCUGGUCGCACCACCAACGGACUAGAGCAAACAUCGCGACCAGGUUCAAUGCACCCCGACGGUACAGAAUUGCCCGCACAGGCUGCGUCGCAUGGAGCUCCAGCAAGGAAAUAUUUAAACGAGAAGGUAACCGGGGUUCUCAUGGAAGGAAUGAAGAUGAUAGCAAAGGAGCAGCCAAAUGACCCUCUACGAGUUUUAGGAGAAUACCUUCUACAGAGAAGUAGGGAAUUAGAAUCCAAGUAACUAUCAUGGAUGGGAAAGGCGGAAUCGCAUGAACCUUGCAUGGAAAACUGGCAUUUGGCGUUUUGAACGGAACCGCGAGUCUCUUCGCUACUGGGUGUUUACAAUGGGUGUGAUAUCAUUGGCGUUUCACAAAAAUGCAUGAAGAAACAAAUUAAAUGGAAUACUCCUAAUUCGAGAG